AUGGGCCGCCUCUGCCUAGACAUAAACGAAUGCUCAGAGAGUCCUCCAGUCUGCGAUCACAAGUGCCAGAACAAACCGGGAAGUUACACCUGCUCCUGCGAGCGAGGCUACGAUCUCCAGCCGGACGGCCGAACCUGCAGAGUGAGCAAAGAGAAAGGAAGCGCCCUCCUAGUCUUCUCCACCAAGACAGAAAUCCACGGCUUCAACUUGACAUCGAACAAAGCUUACACCCCGAUAAGGAAGACCCUGACACACGUGGGUGGUGUCUCCCUGGACUCCACCUACAUCUACUGGGCAGAUGUCAAAAGAGAAGAGGAAGGUAUAUUCCGGGCGUUUGCCAAUGGCACAGCAGCUGAAGUAAUCGCGAUCGCAGGCGUGGGAAUCCCCGAAGAGAUAGCUGUUGACUGGGUAACCGGUAACAUCUACUUCACAGACAGUCUUUACAAGCGAAUAGGGGUCUGCACGAGCACCGGCUCCCACUGUACAGCAAUAAUCACCGAAGAAACUGAGAAACCACGAGGACUUGCGCUGCAUCCGACGACCAAGAAGAUGUACUGGAGCGACUGGGGACAUGAACCCCACAUUUCCACAGCCGGAAUGAACGGAAGAUCUCGGUCUUCUAUGGUAACCGAUCAUCUGGGCUGGCCCAACGGUCUCACCAUCGACUAUCCUUACUCGAGACUCUACUGGGUUGACGCAAAACUCAAGAUCGUCGAGUCCAUCAAGCUUGACGGAAGCGACCGAACAACUGUGCUUCAUACAGCCGUCACCCAUCCCUUCUCCAUCGCUGUAUUCGAUGAGAAGUUGUUCUGGAGUGACUUGAGGAUGAAGAGCAUUCGCCACUGCAACAAGCUGACCGGCAAGGACGAGAAGAUUCUUAUCCAAGAAGCCAACGAGAUCUACGGAAUCCACAUUCAUCAUCCUGUGUUGAAACCCAAGCUUCAUAAUCCCUGCAAUGCUGCUAGCUGCGAAGAAGUCUGCUUGCUAGCUGCUGACGAGAGCUACACUUGCACCUGCAGUCUUGACAAAGAACUCGGGUACGACGGAAAGAGUUGCAAGCAGAUCAGAAAUAUCAAUCAGCAUAUGAUCAUCGCUACUGGAAGCACUUUCUUGGAUUAUCGUCAUGAUAUCCUGGGGAGGCCCCACUGGGACAGGAUCACAACAUCUCAUCACUUCGCUGAGGUCUACGAAACCACCAAUCGCAACUCGUUGAGCAAUGGCAAUCAAAUAAUGUUCGACGAGAUCUCUCGGAUCUUCGGAGGUGACAAAAUAAUCGGCGGUGUAGCGUUCGAUUAUAUCGGGAAUAACUUGUACUCGGCGGAUGUUCAGCAGAAAAGAAUCGAAAUAAUGAGUUUAUCGACUUUGGAGAGGACCUAUUUUCCCUUCUCCGAAGAACCCAGAUCGAUUCUACUUAUUCCGGAAAAGUCCACGAUGUUCGUGACAUUCUGUCUGACAUCCAGUUGUCACAUCGACAGAAUGUCGAUGGCAGGGGGCGAGAGGAGCAGAUUUCUGAAGAAUAAUUUCCGAGGUCCACGAGUUGCUCUGGCCUUCGACGCCGAGACGGAGAGGAUCUUCUUGGCGGAUCAGGGGACAGGGAGAAUUGAAAGCGUUUCUUUCGAUGGGAAAGACAGAAAGCUACUCUAUUUGCAUUUAAACAAGCCUGUGAGCCUGGCAAUCCUCGGUGAUGAGGUCUUCUGGACUCUCCAGAACUCCACGACAAUCUUCUGGUCGAACAAGACGAAGAGCUUCACCGGAAAGAAGCGAUUCAACUUGGCAAUUCAAAAUGUCGAUGUUAUGCAUUUGAUGACUACGAGCUCUAGGAAUCAAUCGUCGGAGGAGGUGCAUCGGUGCCAAGUCAACAAUGGGGGAUGCUCCCACGUGUGUUUGGUGGAGGCUCCGGGAUCUCGUGUAUGCAGAUGCCCACCAGCAAUGAUCGUUGACACAGACCAAGAGACUUGUCUGCUGGAUUCCGCCUGUCCGAUUGAUGAAUUCGAAUGCUCUUACGAUCACUCCUGCAUCAGCAGAGCUCUACGGUGCGAUGGGGUUGACGACUGUUACAAUGGGGCUGACGAGGAAAAUUGCACCAGCUGUUUGCAAGACGAGUUCACUUGUGAGAACUUCAAAUGCGUAUCGAGAACGCUGAUGUGCGACGAUCGCGAUGAUUGUGGAGACAAUUCCGACGAGAAAGACUGCGAUUUGGGGCAAGAUGCGAGCAGUUCACCACCUUUGGUCGAGGAGGCAGUUGGUGGCUCCGUGGGGCUGACGACUGCUACCAACGACGAUGUCAGACGAAUUUGCUCGAGCCCAGAGGCCACCGAGGGAGUUGGCAAGCAACAGAGUUCAGGUGUUCUUGGGACAUUUCACGAGUUGAAACUCUUGACCAAGGAGGAUAAAAUCGGGGGGAGUGGGGGGAGAACCAGAGUCCUCGCUGUCGACUGGAUCACUCAUAAUGUUUAUUAUUUGGACGGCGAGAGUCCUGAAGCCAUCAAAUCCUGCAGCUUCAAUGAGACGAAGUCUGCUCUGGUGGUGCAAGCCAGGAACUCUGGGGUUAUAUCAGCAUUCGCGGUGGAACCAAGGGCCGGCUGGCUCUUCUGGGGACAAAGGAACUUGACUGAUUCCGAUGGACUCAACAGCGAGAUCUGGAGGAGUGAUUUGACUGGAGGAAAUUUGGUGAAUAUCGCGGGGGGAGUUGGAGUCGUCUCGGGGAUGACUAUUGAUCAGGAACGAUCCAUGUUGUACUGGGUCGACGCUUCGCUUCAGGUGGUUGAACGAGCCAAGCUUGAUGGCUCGGGUCGAGAGGUCUUCCUCAGGCAGAAAUUCCAGGAGCCUGUGACCAUCAAUGUUUAUGGGGACUCGCUUUACUGGGUGAUGGGGCCUUCUGGGGUGCUUCAAAGGUGCUCGGUUGUGGGGAAGGGGCCUUGCAUGCCUGCUCCGAUCAGGAGUCAUCGUGGACCUGGAUUGUUUGUUAUUUCUCAUGGCUCCAAGCAGCUCAUUGGCGAUGUGGCCACAGCUUCCGGCGCUGACAGGUCUUGGCGCACAGUAGAUACUGCCACCACUCCCGCCCUUGCCGUUCACGAGCCCUCUCAGGAACCUAAUGAUGGUCAGCGCUGA